GUUGAAGGUCGCUCAAAAGACUACCUACUAUCUAAUGGGCCAAUCAGACUACCGGCCGUUAUAGUUUAGACGCGCUACCUAUAAGCGGUCGGAAACAAGGGGUUUGUGUGGAUAAACACAGCAGGAUCAAACUACAUCUAAGGUUCCGAAAAAAAUUCUUCAAAAAUAAUCAUGAGAUGGAAAGCUAUGCUGCAAAACAAUCUUAUCCUUCUGUCCACUUUCAUAGGAAUUGCAGUUGGGAUCAUCCUGGGUGUUAUGCUAAAUUUCUUUACUGUCCCAGAACAUGUUUUAUUGUGGAUAGGUAUUUAUAUGUAAACUGUUAAUAAAUAAUAGGUCUACCUGGGGAACUUUUUAUCAGAUCAUUAAAUUUUGCUGUUAUCCCUCUGAUAACCACGAAUAUAAUGUCAAGUAAUCUCCGUGUUCUGUAGAAUUCCCGAACAUCUAAUAUGUGUAGUGUCGUCUAAGCUGAAGCCUUCAGUGCAAGGGAAAAUGGCGUUACUUGCUCUAGGAUACUGUGUUUUGAUGAAUAUUUGUGGGGCUUUUCUUGGUCUCGGUAUUACCGCACUUAUCGACCCAGGUGGUAGAUUCACUACAAGUGUUGAAAAGACGAAUGGAUUGUCAAAAGUCUCCAGGAAAGUCGAAAUCUCGGACGUAUUUCUAGACUUCUUCAGAAAUAUGGUUCCUGAUAACAUUGUUAGGAUGUUUUUGUUUUCGAUAGUUACAACAUACGAGCCAGUUGAAUCUCUUCCUAACUCAAAUGGUAAUUCAUCUUCAACUAUAACAUACAAACGAGUGAUUGAGCAUGCGGCACAAACAAAUAUCCUCGGAUUGUUUACUACUAGCCUUGUUAUUGGUUUAGUUGCUGGGUCUCGAAGGGAAAAAUUGCGUCCACUAAUUGCAUUAUUUGAGUGCAUUUCCGAAGUAAUGACUAUUAUUAUUGAGUUUAUUAUCAAAUUGCUCCCAAUCGCCAUGAUUAGUUUAAUCGCAUAUGCAAUCGCACGAAUGGAAAGAAUCGGAGAUAAUUUUAUCGCUUUAAUUCUGUUCGUUGCAUCGUCAAUUACAUUUCUUUCAAUGAUUGUACUUGUGAUCAUGCCAGUAUUUUUUUUCAUAGCAGUAAGACGAAAUUUAUUUCGCUUCUAUUACUAUUUAUCUGAGCCUAUAUUGACUGCUUUCAGUUCGACCAGUUCUUUAAUUGCUCUUCCACAACUUUUUCAAGUUUGUGAUCUUUAUGGAAUUGAGUCAGAUUUAGUACGAACUGUAGCACCAUUUCUCACAAGCUUCAAUGCAAAUGGAUCUGCUGCAUUUAUUGCAUCUGCUGUUUGUUUUGUUGCCCAAUUAACUAAACAACGUUUAAAUGCUGGUCAGUUUAUUGCAAUUGGAUUUUUAUCUGGUGUCAAUGUGAUGGCACUGCCUGCAAUUCCAAGUGCAAGUAUUAUAACUGUUAUUUUAAUAACACGGGCAUUUGACAUUUCUGAAUCUACCUCCGUAUCAUUACUUUUUGUUACUGAGUUUAUUGUUGAUCGAUUACGUACCGUUGCAAAUGUUAUGAGUCAUGGUACUUGUGUUCUAUUCAUUCAUAUGAAGUUACACCAGGUGAGUUCUACGUCGAAUAUUCAAAAUCAUUUGACUCAAACCACAGAAGUUAUCAAGGAUUCAGCAUCAUCCAACAAUGUAUUAUAGCUGCUGUUGAACAAUUCAUUGAUUAAAGGAAAAUAGUGUUCGGUUGUUGUUUUUUUCUUGCUUGUGUUUUAUUGUUUGUUUUUUCUGUUCACCAAAGUACACCCUUGUAUUAUUUUUGUUUUACCUAUUGGUCUUUUCACUGUGAUAACUAAUUUGUUUAAUUUAUGUUGAAUAAUACCUACCCUUUGUUAUUGAUAUGAUGGAAAGAAAAGUCAAUUUUCGAUUGAUUUACUCAUUAUGAUUUUUGUUCAAAAUUACUUCCUUUUCGAUUCAGUCUAGUGAUUACUCAAUGUAGUAUUUAUUUUCUUUUCUCGUAUGAUAUUUUAUACUGUAUAAUAUGCGAUAUUCUUGUAUUCCAUUGACAUGAACUAUACUCAGUAUGUGAUUUGUUAUAACUCUAAGUAUUUUUCAUAUAUGUGAUUUCAUUCUAAUUAAUAAUCAAAAUGAGCGUGCAAUCAAUAUAUAAAUGAGUGUAUUUUCUACUAGAAUGGUCGUCGUCGUCGUCAGUGUUUUGGGGUUAGUAAAUCAUCACUUAUAC